GAUGCGAUCAUCGGGAUUAACACAGUAGGGGAUUUUUUGGGAUCGCACUUUGCCCCGCCAUAUUUUAUUUAGAUUGCUAAGCUUCUUUUUCAGUAGAGUAUGUUUCGUUAUUCUAAGACAGGACUGCACGGACUAUUAAGGUCAUUUUGUCGAGAGCAAUUACAUCAUAUUCCGAUAACCCCCUUUUUAACGAAAAAAUCAUUUUCCCUUUACACUAAAUCUAUUUCUACAAUCACCCCAUAUAAACGAACAAUUUUCAAUACACACAAAAUGAACUUAAUGACCAUUUCACAGUCUCUUGACGAAGCAUACACCAAGCAUAAGGUUAUCCCUGACGUUGUUGACAAGUUUGACACACAGGGACUUCUUACCAUUGAGUACGGAGAAUCCAAGCAAGUGGCACUUGGGAAUACACUCAAGGUUGAUGAAACUCAAGAAAGACCUCAAAUCCAAUUCACACUUAAUUCUCCAGGUCUGGAAAAGGAAUUGUCAAUUUCCAGUGAAGAUAAAUUUGCAUUGGUUUUGACAGACCCAGAUGCACCAUCCAAUAAAGACCAUAAAUGGUCUGAAUACGCCCAUUGGAUUAUUACUGAUUUACGGUUAAAUGCUGAUUCCGAAGAGUCCGCUGAAUCAUUGAGCACUGUUCUUGACUACAGUAAGGGUAAAGAGAUUCUUCCAUACGUUGGUCCUGCACCACCUGCCAGUACCGGCAAACAUAGAUAUGUAUUUUUACUUUUCAAGCAAGAUCCUUCUGUCAAUUAUGAAGCUCCUCCUGAUAGACCUAACUGGGGUACAGGUGUUCCUGGCUCAGGCUUUAGAGACUGGAUCAAGAAAGUUGGUGGUAAGCUGGAAUUAUUUGGUAUCAACUUUUUCUAUGCUCAGAACGUCAAGCAAGACGAAGAAUAGUAAAUAUAUGUAUAUG